AUGUGUCCAAAUAUUGUGGUUUGUGAAGAGGAAAAGCCAGAUUUGAAUAAUAUUCUAGCUCAUGACAAGAAUCUUGUGGAUGUGGUCCUGGCUGUGGGAGUUCAUCCUAUCCCUCACUCCAACUAUUCUACCAUUAUCAAACAAUUUUCCCAAGCAGCACAGUCCAGAGCUCAGAUAGGGGUUUCCUCAACCACCAUGAUGGACCAGGAUAUGCCUACUCUGGAGAAGGCUGGAAUCCAAGAUCUGUUUCAAGUUUCUUUGGUGCUGGAUCUGCAAGACUUUUUUGGACACAUUGUUGUUGCUGCCUAUCAGGAUGCUGUCCAUAAUCCUGCUAGUAACACUAUGGUGAUAUCAAGGAAGCCAGAGCUUAUGGACUUCUCAAUGAAGCAAGAUGAUGAAGAGGAUAGAGAAGGAGGAGAAGAAGGAGGAGAAGGAGGUGGUGGAGGUGGAGGUCUUAAUGGUCAAGAUAGUUCUUGGAUUACAAUGAUCAUGACCAGAUUUGACUUGGAGUUUUGA